CCUCCUCUUGCGUGUAUAUAUAGGCCCACGAAGAUCUGUGGCAUGAGCGACCAGGAAAAAGCUUAAGAUCAUCGAGAGCACAGUGAAAGAGAUAAGAGAGGCAGAUAUGGCGAUGACCAAGGCCCAGGAUCUCGUUUCUUCCAACUCUGUUGUCGUUUUCAGCAAGACGUACUGCCCCUUUUGCACGACCGUGAAGAAGCUUUUUGAUGAAGUGGGAGCAAAAUAUAAGACCGUGGAGCUGGAUACUGAGAAUGAUGGAAGUGAGAUACAAGCAGCACUAGGAGAGUGGACUGGGCAAAAAACUGUGCCUAAUGUUUUCAUCGGUGGCAAGCACAUUGGUGGCUGUGACACAACAACAGGCAUCCAUAAGGAAGGGAAGCUAAUUCCUCUGCUCACUGAAGCCGGAGCUGUGGCCAAGGCUUCUGCUUAAAAAGGAGUAACCUUCUAGUUGAUCAACUGAUCAAGAAGUAGUAAUAAAUAACCACUGUUAUUGUGUUUGGUUUAUGUUGGUAAAUGAACACUUAGAUUAUAAUGAAUACAUAGUUGAAUGUUUUUGGA